AUGCAAUCACAAGAUAAAGAAUUUGCUGAUGAAACUUUUGAAAAUAUUCGUACAUCAGAUAAACAUGAAUAUUUUGAAUUAGCUUGUCUUCAUUAUCAUUGGGAUCGAAUCGAACAACAUCGAUCAUUAUAUUUUGAUAAAAAAAUUACUGAUUUAGGUGAUGCUGAUCGACACAUGAGUGUCAUGAUCGAUGAAAUCUAUGUUCAUGAAGAUUUAGAUGAUAUUAAUCAUCAUUAUUCUGAUAAUGAAAAUGAAUUACAAAAUGUUGAUAUUUCUCCAAUGGAUGAUAAUGUUAAACAGAUGCAAGAACUGAAGAUAAAAUUAGAUAAAAAGAUUCAUGACUUAACUCAUUUAAAAAUUCAGAAAUGGCAAGAAGUGGUAAAAAAUGAAAAAUCUAUAAAAGAACUAAAGAAAGAAGAUCCACGUUAUUCAGAAAAGAAAAAGGAACUAAGACACGCUAUAGAUGUACUUAUAAUUGAAGAAAGUUCAUUGGAUGCAUCAAUUAAGUCAUUGACACAGAAACGAGAAAUGAUUGAACAAAAAUUGACAAACCAUAAAGAAAAUGUUUAA